AGGGUUCCACGCCCAAGCGAACGAGUUUUCGUAUCAUAUGCUUCUUGGAUCAUUCUAUAUCCUCAAUUGCGGGGUACCCGUUGGACACCACACCAUCCACCCCUACGUCCACUCCUGGUCAAAUCACCGCUCCCGGCAAAACCACUUCCGAUCCGUCGCAAUCCCAGAUGUCGACGUCGCCGGCGAACUCCAACACGAACGCGCCGGAACCCUCGAAUUCGCGAGUGGCGAUUUCGUCCAGGUCUACUCCAAACCCACAGAAACCUCCCAGUACGACGCGAUAGCAACCUGCUUCUUCAUCGACACCGCACAAAAUAUCGUGGAUUACAUCACCACCAUCCACAACCUCCUCCUUCCCGGCGGGAAAUGGGUUAACCUCGGACCUUUGUUGUGGCAUUUCGAGAAUAAGGAGGAAGGGGGGAUAGAAUUGACGGCGGAUGAAGUUAGGGGGUUGGUUGAGGAGAUGGGAUUUAGGGUUGAGGUGCAGGAGAAGAGGGUGAGGACGAGGUAUGUGGGGGAUGAGGAGGGGAUGUUGGGGUAUGUGUACGAGGCGGAGUUUUGGGUUGCGACGAAGUUGUGAGGAGACCAAGACCAUAGGAUGCGAGUGUGUGAGUGCAGGGAGAGCCUGGAAAACGAGUUUUAUUGGCAUAGAGAUGUAGUUGGUAGACACAUGGUGCGACAGUGUGAGUCGUGACAGAAGAAUUUUACAGGAUACGACCUGAAGUGUCGUCUACAUGAUACCGACGAAUUUAGACACCGCAGGGGUCAUCGAGGUAGUUAGACUGUGAC